GAAGAAGAAAUACGUGCGGCAGCCACACGUGUUGUUUUCAUGGACGUCUGGACACAGUGAGAGAUUUCUGUUUGAGAGUGAAGAGUGAAAACCACACCGACAAACAUGGGGAAGAAACUCAAAGUCGGAAAGAGCAGGAAAGAUAAAUUCUACCACCUGGCUAAAGAGACAGGUUAUCGCUCUCGUUCCUCCUUCAAACUCAUCCAGCUCAACCGAAAAUUUCAGUUUCUACAGAAAGCCAGAGCCCUGAUCGACCUGUGUGCUGCUCCUGGUGGAUGGUUGCAGGUGGCGUCCAAGUUUAUGCCUGUAUCAAGUCUGAUUAUUGGUGUUGACCUGGUGCCCAUCAGACCCAUCCCCAACGUGGUGGCACUGCAAGAAGACAUCACCACUGAUAAAUGCAGACAGGCUUUACGAAAGGAACUGCAGACCUGGAAGGUUGAUGUUGUGUUAAAUGACGGAGCCCCAAAUGUGGGAGCCAACUGGCAGUAUGACGCCUUCUCACAAGCUCAUUUGACCCUCAUGGCCCUGAAGUUGGCCUGCGAGUUUCUGACUAAAGGGGGGACCUUCGUCACCAAGGUCUUCCGCUCCAAAGACUACCAGCCACUGCUCUGGAUCUUCCAGCAGUUCUUCAAGAAGGUGCAGGCCACCAAGCCGCAGGCGUCUAGGAAUGAGUCAGCAGAGAUCUUUGUCAUCUGUCAGAGUUUUGUUGCCCCAGACAAAAUCGACAAUAAAUUCUUUGACGCCAAGUAUGCGUUCAAAGAGGUGGAAGUGCAAGCCAAAACUGUGAGGGAGCUGAUUCCUGUCAAGAAACCAAAGGCGGAGGGAUACACCGACGGCGAUCUGACGCUCUACCACAGUUUCAACGUAACGGCCUUCCUGAGAGCUGAGAACGCUAUAGACUUCCUGAGCAAAGCCAGCGAGAUCUCCAUCGACAACGAAGAGCUGGAGUCUCACCCGGCCACCAGUGAUGAGAUAAAGGAGUGCUGUCGUGACAUCAAAGUCUUGGGCCGCAAAGAGCUCCGCCUGCUGCUGAACUGGAGGUCCAAGCUGAGGAAAUAUCUGGCCAAAAAACUGAAGACGGAGGCCAAACAGCCGGACCCAGAGAUCAAGUUAAGUUCUGAUGAAGAACAGGGGAAUUCAGAUGAAGAACCAGAUAAGAAGAAAAAGGAUCAGGAGGAAGAGGAGGACGAGGAGGCCGAAAUGGAGAUGAAACUCGCAGAACUGAAAGCUGAGGAGGUGGCUGAGCUCAAACGAAAGAAGAGGAAGCUGCUGAAGGAGCGCAGGAAGCAGAGGGAGAGGGUGGAACUGAAGAUGGACUUGCCCGGCGUCUCCAUCGCAGAUACCGGCGACUCAUCCAUGUUCUCCCUCAGCACCAUCAAUAAGCAAAAGGUGCUAGCUGAUAUAUCCAAGGGGGACAUGCAGGCGGCCGAUGCCCUGGUGGAAGGAGACGACGACAUCCACCUGUCUGAGGAAGACGACGACGAGGCGGAUAAAAUGUCCCUGGCCUCUGAUUUAGAUGACGAUGACUUGGAAGAGGUGGAGCAGAGACUGAAAGAGCUUGAGGCGAAAACACCAAAGAAGAAAGUAAAGUUCACUGUAGAAGAGGAGGAGGAGGAUGAAGGGCAGGGAAGUGGCUUGCUGGUGGAACUAGAGGGAAAGGAUGAGAAGAAAGAACGGCAGACCGACCUGUGGUUCAGCAAGGGCAUCUUCUCUGAGAUCGAUCUGGAAGGAGACGCAGAGUGCGAGCUCCAACAGACCGAGUGGCUUCAGAACAAACAAACCGAAAAGGGCAAAAAGAGGAAAGCUAAAGAGGAGGAACAGGAGCCGGAGGAGGAAGAGGAGGAGAAAGAGGAGAUGACUGCGCCACCUGAGGAGGAAAAGGCGGGACCGUCACAGAAAGCCGCAGAGGACACUGACAGCGACUCAGAUGACAGCACUGAUGAUGAGAACGAGAUCACCAAGAUGAAGCUGGCCAACGGAGCUGGUGGGACGUCAGGAGCGGCCAAUGGUGAUGACUUCCAGGUUGUUCCUGUAGAAAGCACCAGUAAGAAAGCCAGGAUCCUGGAUGCAGAAGGCCUGGCCCUGGGCUGUGAGAUCGCUACGUCUAAGAAGAGAGCCAGGGACCUUGUGGACGGCUCCUUCCACAGGUUUGCUAGCUCCGAGGAGCAGUGGGACGUACCGGAGUGGUUCCUGGACGAUGAACGGAAGCACCGGAAGAAGCCCGUGCCGGUCACCAAGGAGAUGGUGGAGGAGUUCAAACAAAAGUGGAAGGAGAUCGAUGCCCGACCAAUUAAACGUGUUGCUGAGGCCAAGGCCAGGAAGAAGAGGAGGAUGCUGAAGAAGAUGGAGCAGGCUAAGAAGAAAGCAGAGGCAGUUGUCAACACAGUGGACAUCUCUGAGAGGGAGAAAAUGGCUCAGCUGAAGAGUAUCUACAAGAAGGCUGGCGUCGGGAAGGAGAAGAGAGAAGUAACAUAUGUUGUGACCAAAAAGGGAGCUGGUAAGAAGGUGAGACGGCCCGCUGGCGUCAAGGGAGCCUUCAAAGUGGUGGACAGUCGCAUGAAGAAAGACAUGCGGGGAAUGCAGAGGAAAGAGCAACGCGCUAAAGGGGGCAAAGGAAAAGGUGGUAAAGGAAGAGGAGGACCGUCGAAGGGUGGCAAGGGAGGGAUGAAGAGCGGUAGAGGAAGAAAAUGAGAAGAUAAAUGUGUUUUUCGGUAACGCUCUCACAGUCCUGCCUUUUCUUAGCUAUUAAACGUUGCCUGGUCUCAUGUUGCAGGCGAGAAUUUUUGGAGCUUUGUGAGCUGCCACAGUUUGGGCUCCUGUAUCCUGUACAGAGGCCAAAGUGAACUUUCACAUGGAUUCCCUCUUUUUAAGAAACCUUUGCUGAGGUUCCUUAAACUCCUGGACUCUUGAGAUAUGUUCUGGGGGAAUUUAAAUGCUGGUGUUCUGUGCGCGUCUUUCUGAAGAUGUAGGUUAUUUGCCUUGAAACUCCAUGAAUGGAGUGAGCUGAACUGUAAAUCAAGUUCUACAUAAUAACAAUAAAUGUAUUAUCCAGAAAUGUUGGUAUUAAUAUUGUAAAUAUUACAUACACAUCUUUGCAAUAAAUGUUUUGUUUAAAUUA